GUGGUAGCGCCUGCCGGAGGGAGGGCGGCGGCGCGGGGCCAGGACCCCGGCGGGCAGAGGCGGCGACGCGGCCACUCGAGAGUGUGCGGCCGGGCAGCUGAGAGGCGGGUGCCCCGCCCUGCUGGCCGGUGGGGAUGCGGGACCGGCUGCCCGACCUCACGGCGGAAAAGCGACGAUGGAGACAAUACUGUCGUCAUUGCUGAGAAGGACCAUUUCAUGGAUGAUUUCUUCCAUCAGGUGGAGGAGAUUCGAGGCAGCAUAGCCAGGAUUGCUCAGUACGUGGAAGAUGUGAAGAAGAACCACAGCAUCAUCCUUUCUGCUCCAAACCCAGAAGGAAAAAUAAAAGAAGAGCUGGAAGACCUGAACAAAGAGAUCAAGAAAACUGCUAACCGGAUCCGAGGCAAGCUGAAGGCUAUUGAGCAGAGUUGUGAUCAAGACGAGAGUGGGAACCGAACUUCUGUGGACCUGCGGAUACGACGGACCCAGCACUCGGUGCUGUCUCGGAAGUUUGUGGAGGUCAUGACGGAGUACAAUGAAGCACAGAUCCUGUUUCGGGAGCGAAGCAAAGGCCGAAUCCAGCGGCAGCUGGAGAUCACUGGGAGGACCACCACGGACGAUGAGCUGGAGGAGAUGCUGGAGAGCGGGAAGCCGUCCAUCUUCAUCUCGGAUAUUAUAUCAGAUUCACAAAUCACUAGGCAAGCUCUCAACGAGAUCGAGUCACGUCACAAAGACAUCAUGAAGCUGGAGACCAGCAUCCGAGAGCUGCACGAGAUGUUCAUGGAUAUGGCCAUGUUUGUGGAGACCCAGGGUGAAAUGGUCAACAACAUUGAGAGAAAUGUGAUGAAUGCUGUAGACUACGUCGAACAUGCCAAGGAAGAAACCAAGAAAGCCAUCAAAUAUCAGAGUAAAGCCAGGCGGAAAAAGUGGAUAAUUGCUGCUGUGGUGGCGGCUGUCAUCGCUGUCCUGGCUCUAAUCAUUGGCUUAUCGGUUGGCAAAUGAUUGCGUAGCUGGCGCUGGGUGCUUGCCUCUCCCUCAGGGUGGCAAAGGUGAUGUUCGUCCUCAUUUGUGUAGUCACUUUGCUUGUGAUCCUUGGAAUUAUCCUAGCAACAGCAUUGUCAUAGCAACCGCAGCACCCCAAGAGCUCUUUGUCCUCAGAGACUCCGGCCACACCUGCAGCAGAGUCCUGUCCUGUCCUUUCACAUGUGAUUCUCAGACCCCAGGCCUGGGCCGAGUGCUGAGGUUUUUAUCAGUGACGAAGAAUAAAGCGCCACAGAGGUUUUCAUACCAUGCAAACACCAUGAGCUGAGUGGACGCAGCAUGCCAGCCCAGAUAGCCUUGGUCUCUGAAGGACACCACAGAGAUUUCACAAUGGUGGCCUUGUCUCAGUGGCCUGGAAAUACUGAAAUAGGAAUGAUUGAAAAAUCCUAAGAAAAGAUGUCAGUGUUACAGAUUUGUGUGCAGUUUAAUUAGGGUGUGCUCUGUGCUCUCGCUGACAGUGAUAAAGAGGAGUCUUCGCACCGGGCCUGAUUUCUGUUCAUGCCUUGCUUGCAGAAUCAUCACAGAACUGUUUUGUAAGGUAUCUGUAAUUUUAAAUAUCUAUAAAUUAAAUUCCUUAAUAUAUUAACAUCCAACCCCCUUUUCUAAGCUAGACACUGCCUUGAGAAGGACAAUGGGCAGGCCCUAGGCAGCCAUGUACAGGUUGCUGUUGUCACUGAGAACGUGGUCUCGAGGCCCUCGGGCCUUUCGUUGGGGCUUUCUGGUGACCCUGACCUAGGAAGUGUAAGGGUCGGAGAAGUCUUGAUUGUCGUUAGCUCAUUUCUGCGCUGCACUCACGUGGCCCUCCUCCCUGCUCACUGGUGCUGGCGGAGUUUCAAGGCAAGUCGAUGACGGAACCAAGACUUGGUGCUCACUAAUCUCAAGGGACUAGUCCCAGCUGCAAAGCCAUUUUUGGGCAGCAUCCGAAGGACCAGAUGCUUGGCUGAACCCCCACCAAUGCCCAGAGUUCCUAAGAAACUGAUGAAUGGUAUGAAGAUGUGGGCCGUGUGGCCCAGUGACUGCAUAUCUGUAUGCUGAUACGCUGACUGAAUAUGUGAAAGACACCAAAGCCUAGUGAACUGCGCCGCCCACUGCUGACCGCGUGUGUGUAUGCUCACUCUGUCCCAGCCUCACUUGGUUGGAUCUGAUUGAGCCACGCUGAUUCGGAACACCAAUCGUGAGAGAUACCGAACUGUUUAGAAAGCACAACCUUUACAGCGGUGAGUCACUCACUCGCCUCCUCACACCUCCUAGCCUCACACCCCAUGUGCCGAGAGCGACCGCAGGAGGCUGGGCUACAUGUCCUGGGCCAGAGCUAGUCUGCAGCGGGGCGCUCUGAAGAUGGAGCUGUUUGUGGAGCUCCCACCCUCUCUGCUCCAGUGCCAUCGGAUUUAGCUGCAGAGGACCUGAUGCCACCGAGGUUCCCACCACGCGUGGCCAGGGCUCCUUCAAGUCCAGCCUGAGUCCUUGGCCCCCAACGUGCUCAGGUGGCCUCUUGACCAAGCGGGUGCCUGAAUCUGGCUUUCUAGUGAGGCAGGGGUGUGUGGGUGAGUGAGUCAGCCCUCAGGAUAUAUUUCUAUGCUGACUUCAUAGCCUGUUUAAAAAUACAUUUACAGAUUGUCUUGUUACUUUUUCCAACGAUUUCUUCAAAAAUUUUGUGUUUACAUUAAAAAGUUCUCAGAGAAGCAAAUGAGAAA